GCUGUGGGCUGUGGAGCACUAACCAACCCACCCAAUGGAGUAGUGGAUGCCCCGGAAACAGUGUUCCCGGGAGUGGCCACAUACACCUGUAACCCUGGCUACUCUCUGAAUGGUGGUAGCACCAGAAACUGUCAGUCCAACGCUAUGUGGUCAGGGACAGCACCGACAUGUACAGUUGUGAUGUGUCAAGUGCUGCUGAACCCCCCAAAUGCCAUUGUUCAGCACCCAUCUGGUGUGGAGUACCUCUCCACGGCCGAGUACUCGUGCAACACUGGUUUCACCAGAGCCUCUGGGGACACAGAGAGG